UUACGUUAAUGUUUGGUCGUAGCUUAGGACCAGGUCACAGGAAAUGAUACAAGAGUGGAAAAGGGGACACAUAAAUUGGGACAGCAGAGUGAUUGAGAGACACGGGUUUCAAAUAAAAUAUUCUGGAUCAACAGGACAUGUCACAGGUGUGUUCAUGGAAGAGUAAGGCAUUAAGAGAUUUAAUCAUGGAACCACGAUUAAGUGUUUCCUAAUCCAGAUUGUGUUCCAGAUUUUGAAUUUGUGGAAAAUCCGGUAUGAAAUAAAAUAAAGUUCACAGCGGGAGGAGUUCUGCCCAUUAUUCUCCAUCUCGUUGAAAAAUGGCUGGCCUGAAGCUCGUCACCCCGGCCACAUCUCCCAUGGGGCCUUUUUUUGGACUUCCAUGGCAGCAGGAGGCUAUUCACGAUAAUAUCUAUACACCUAGAAAAUAUCAGGUUGAACUUCUUGAAGCAGCUCUUGAACAUAACACUAUUGUCUGCUUAAAUACUGGCUCAGGAAAGACAUUUAUUGCAGUUCUCUUAACAAAGGAGCUCUCCCACCAAAUUCGUGGACAAUAUCAAGAGGAUGCAAAGAGGACUGUGUUUCUUGUCAACUCAGCCUUGGCUGUUGUUCAGCAAGCAGCUGCAGUCAGAACUCACUCUGACCUCCAAGUGGGAGAGUACACAGAUGUGGAAGAGACUUCAACGUGGACUUACAAUCAGUGGAGUGAAAAGAUAAUCAAGCAACAGGUGCUGGUAAUGACUUGCCAUAUAUUCCUGCAUAUACUGAGGAAUCAAAUCUUACCUUUGACAAAAAUCAACUUGUUGGUUUUUGACGAUUGUCAUCUUGCCAUCACCAAUCACCCCUACUGUGAGAUAAUGAAGCUUUUUGAUGGCAGUUUAUGCAGUCCUCGUAUUCUGGGUCUCACAGCCUCCAUUCUGAAUGGAAAGUGUAACCCAUCAGAUCUUGAGCAGAAAAUCCAGAAUUUGGAGCAAGUCCUGAAGAGCAGCGCGGAAACUGCCACUGACCUUGUAGUUCUUGACAGAUAUGCCUCUCAGCCAAGAGAAGUUGUGCUGGACUGUGGCCCCUAUCUGGAUAAAAGUGGGCUCUCCUCUCGUCUACAAGUGGAGUUAGAUGGAGCUCUUGACUUCUUGAAUGAUUGUAAGAUUUCUGUUGCAAGAGAAGACAGGGGUCCUACAGUCGUCCCUCGACAGGUCUUAAGUGACUGCAAGGCUGUGCUGCAGGUGCUGGGGCCCUGGUGUGCAGACAAAGCAGCAGGCAUCAUGGUGCGUGAGCUCCAGAAGUAUAUCAAGCAUGAACAGGGGGAGCUUAACCGCAAGUUUCUGCUCUUCACCGACACCAUUCUCAGAAAAGUACAUGCCCUCUGUGAAGAACAUUUCUCUCCUGCCUCCUUGGACCUCAAGUUUGUCACACCAAAGGUUCUCCGUCUGUUGGAAAUCCUGCAUGAAUACAAGCCCUUUGAGCGGCAACAGUUUGAGAGUGUAGAGUGGUACAACAACCGCAAUCAGGACAACUACGUUUCUUGGAGUGAUUCUGAAGAGGAAGAUGAGGAUGAAGAGGUGGAGACCAAAGACAGGGGUGAAGCCAACUUUCCUUCGCCAUUCACCAACAUUCUAUGUGGAAUUAUCUUUGUGGAGAGGCGUUACACUGCAGUAGUCCUAAAUCGUCUUAUCAAAGAAGCAGGAAAGCAGGACCCAGAGUUGGCUUACAUCAGCAACAACUUUAUUACUGGCCAUAGCAUUGGCAAAAACCAGCCAAGGAACAAGCAGAUGGAGGUGGAAUUCAGGAAGCAAGAGGAGGUUCUCCGUAAAUUCCGAGCUCAUGAAACCAACCUGCUGAUUGCCACGAGCAUUGUGGAGGAAGGUGUGGACAUUCCCAAGUGUAACUUGGUGGUGCGGUUUGACUUGCCAACUGAAUACAGAUCAUAUGUCCAGUCCAAAGGCAGAGCUCGAGCUCCUGUCUCCAACUAUGUUAUGUUGGCUGAUAGUGACAAGACCAAAUGCUUUGAAAAUGACCUCGGCACCUACAAGGCGAUAGAAAAGAUCUUGAGGAACAAGUGCUCCAAAUCUGUGGAGGUUGGUGAGUUUGAAGGAGAGCAGGUGUUGGAUGAUGACAACAUCCUUCCUCCAUAUGUGCUUCAGUCUGAGGAUGGAGGUCCCCGGGUCACCAUCAAUACUGCCAUUGGUCACAUUAACAGGUACUGUGCUCGCCUGCCCAGUGACCCCUUUACUCACUUGGCUCCCAAGUGUAAAACAGUUGAAACGCAGGAUGGAAAAUUCCAGUCUACACUUGCUUUACCCAUCAACUCCCCUCUGAGAGUGCCUGUUAAGGGUCCAAAAAUGAAUUGUGCCAGAUUGGCAGAGAAAGCAGUUGCACUACUUUGUUGUGAGAAACUCCAUCGAAUAGGUGAGCUCGAUGAUCAUUUGAUGCCAGUCGGGAAGGAAACCGUAAAGUAUGAGGAAGAGCUGGACCUUCACGAUGAGGAGGAAACCAGCGUUCCUGGCCGGCCUGGCUCGACAAAGAGGCGACAGUGCUACCCAAAAGCUAUCCCCGAGUGUCUGCAGGACAGUUUUGCUACCCCCCAGCAUACUUACUACCUAUAUGUCAUUGGGAUGGUUCUCACCACGCCACUCCCGGAUGAGCUCAACUUCCGCCGAAGGAAGCUCUACCCACCAGAGGACAGCACCCGGUGUUUCGGCAUCCUGACAGCUAAACCUAUACCGCAAAUCCCCCAUUUUCCGGUCUAUACACGCUCGGGUGAGGUGACGAUCUCCAUUGAGCUACAGAAGUCUGGCUUCAACCUCACCGCCACCGAGCUUGACCUCAUCAUUCGCCUGCACCAGUACAUCUUCUCCCACAUCCUUCGUUUAGAGAAACCUGCACUGGAGUUCAAGCCUACAUUUGCGGAGUCUGCUUACUGUGUUCUACCUCUCAAUGUUGCUGGAGAGUCCAACACGCUUGAUAUGGACUUCAAGUUCAUGGAGGACAUUGAAAAGUCUGAGGCCCGGACUGGCAUUCCUACUACUCAUUACACCAAACAAAAUCCUUUCACCUUCAAAUUGGAGGAUUACCAGGAUGCUGUCAUCAUUCCAAGGUACCGUAAUUUUGACCAGCCUCAUCGCUUUUAUGUCGCUGAUGUGUACACAGACCUCACACCACUCAGCAAGUUUCCUUCACCGGAAUAUGAGACAUUUGCUGAGUACUACAAGACGAAGUACAACCUGGACCUGUCUAACCUGAAUCAGCCACUUUUGGAUGUGGACCAUACCUCAUCCAGACUGAAUCUUUUAACACCUCGUCACUUGAACCAAAAAGGCAAAGCAUUGCCUCUCAGUAGUGCAGAGAAGAGGAAAGCAAAAUGGGAAAGUCUCCAGAAUAAACAGAUCCUGGUUCCAGAGCUUUGUGCCAUCCACCCCAUCCCAGCAUCUCUUUGGAGGAAAGCAGUGUGUUUGCCCAGUAUCCUCUACCGUCUCCACUGCCUCUUGACAGCAGAGGAACUCAGAUCCCAGACAGCCAGUGAAGCUGGAGUUGGAUCACAAAUCCUUCCUCCUGAUUUCAGGUAUCCAAACUUGGACUUUGGAUGGAAGAAAUCAAUUGACAGCAAAAUAUUCAUCCCAUUAACUGAGGAUAAUGACAUUCAUUGUGCGAACCAGACACCUUAUUCAAUUUCUUUAAUGGAUGACAGUCGUCCUCACCAUUCCCAAGCCAUCGUCAGUUGUGGCAAGAAGUUUGCAAAUGGCUCCACUCUAAUUCCUUACAAUGGUGGCAGUAGUCUCCCAGAAGGAGAGCACAGUCACCAACAUGAUUGCCAAUGCUCCCAGGGUAGCUUUCUUGAACUGCUUAGCCCUAAAACAAUGCAAAGCCCUACCUCAAUUCCUGUGCAGCGCUCUCACAGCUUGAAGACUCCCAGCACAUGUCCUCCACACCAUAGUGAUGAAUGCACACUAGGAAGGAACUCCGGCCACAGAAAUAAUGCUACCUCAACCUACAGCCAAGCCGAAGAGGUUCCCAAUGCUCACAAAGCACCUUCAUAUCAUUUUGCUGCUGUCCUGCAUCCCAGCGAAGUGUCAGGAGACGCGAUAAAAAGGCUGGGGCCCAACCCAGGCCUUAUCCUGCAAGCCUUGACCCUUUCCAAUGCCAGUGAUGGUUUCAACCUCGAACGGCUGGAAAUGCUGGGUGAUUCGUUCCUCAAACAUGCCAUCACCACAUAUCUGUUUUGCACCUACGCUGAUGCCCAUGAGGGCAGGCUCAGCUACAUGCGAAGCAAGAAGGUGAGCAACUGUAACCUCUACCGCUUAGGGAAGAAGAAAGGACUUCCCAGCAGGAUGGUGGUGUCCAUCUUUGAUCCCCCAGUAAACUGGCUUCCUCCUGGCUAUGUGGUCAAUCAGGACAAGACAGUUACCGACAAAUUGGAUUCAGAUGAGGCCAAAGAAGAGCUUCUGUCUAAUGGGCGCUGUGCUGAUGACUGUGCUGAAGAAGUGAACCAGAUCAAUGAUGAGGGAGACCUGCUUUCAAAGGAUGAACCAAAAGAUGAGGUGAACAUGGAGGAUGACCUGGAGUACUACAAGGAGCACAUCAAAUUCAUCGACAAUAUGCUGUUAGGAUCUGGUGCAUUUGGUAAAAAGAUAUCUCUGAGUAGCUACCCACCCUCUCAGCUCACUGCCUCAGGCCCAUCAGCAGCCAUUGAGACCCCAUAUGAAUGGAAGGCCCCAAAGAAAAUCCCCUAUGCUUCGGCCCAGCACCACUCGGAGCCCAUAUCCGCAAUGUCUUCGGCCGAGGACUUUGACUACAGCUCAUGGGAUGCGAUGUGCUACCUGGACCCCAGCAAGGCAGGUGAGGAGGAUGACUUUGUGGUGGGUUUUUGGAAUCCAUCAGAGGAGAACUACGGCACCGAGCUUGGAAAGCAGUCCAUCUCUUACGACUUGCAUACAGAGCAGUGUAUAGCAGAUAAGAGCAUCGCUGACUGUGUUGAGGCUCUGCUUGGUUGCUAUCUGACCAGCUGUGGAGAGAGAGCUGCCCAGAUGUUCCUGUGCUCACUGGGCUUGAAGGUCUUACCACUUGAGAGAGGGAGCUUGACAGAACAACUUCAGCUCAGCCCUGCGUCCUCAUCAGGUGACUUGUGCUAUGGCUGGUUGAAAAUCCCACCGCGCUGCAUGUUGGAACAUCCAGAUGCUGAGCGAACCCUCAACCACCUUAUCUCUGGCUUCAAGAAUUUCGAAAAGAAGAUCAAGUACACAUUUCACAACAAGGCUUACCUACUGCAAGCUUUCACCCAUGCUUCCUAUCAUUACAACACAAUCACAGAUUGUUACCAACGGUUGGAGUUCCUCGGCGAUGCAAUUCUUGACUACCUCAUUACAAAGCACCUUUAUGAAGACCCACGGCAGCACUCGCCUGGUGUAUUGACUGAUCUGCGCUCAGCACUUGUCAAUAACACCAUCUUUGCCUCUCUGGCUGUGAAGUAUGACUACCACAAGUACUUCAAAGCUAUCUCACCUGAACUUUUCCACGUUAUUGAUGACUUUGUGCAGUUUCAACUGGAAAAGAAUGAGAUGCAAGGCAUGGACUCUGAGUUACGACGCUCUGAAGAAGAUGAGGAGAAAGAGGAAGACAUUGAAGUCCCCAAGGCUAUGGGAGAUAUCUUUGAGUCUCUCGCCGGUGCCAUUUACAUGGACAGCGGGAUGUCAUUGGAGACGGUGUGGCAAGUGUAUUAUCCAAUGAUGAGGCCACUGAUCGAGAAAUUUUCUGCAAAUGUGCCCCGUUCUCCUGUAAGGGAGUUGCUUGAAAUGGAACCAGAAACUGCCAAGUUCAGCCCCGCGGAGAGAACUUAUGACGGAAAGGUCCGGGUGACCGUAGAAGUCGUCGGAAAGGGCAAGUUCAAAGGAGUUGGACGCAGCUACCGUAUUGCCAAGUCAGCAGCAGCCCGACGAGCUCUGCGCAGCCUCAAAGCCAAUCAACCUCAGGUCCAAAACAACUGAGCUCCUCUCAGCGUGAAUCACCUCGGUGUUGACGCUCCUGGAGAAAAAAAAGCAGUAUUUGCUAUCCAACACAACAAACAUGCUAAGUAUGCCCAGUAUGUUAUACGAAAUGAUGAACAUCUGAGGCAGCCAGGGAACACUGUGUGGAGAUGCACCAGAAGAAGCAGACUGGUUCUUUUUUGUUGUUUUUUUUUGGGCAACAGAUUUCACAUCUGACCUUUUUCGUUCUUUUUGCGCAAACACAAUCUUUGUUUUUCUGUCUUCGCUUUUGUGUACUGUAUUUACGAGUGCUUUAUUAACAUUAAGCAAAGUGUUCAAAUGGUCAGGUUGCAAUAUCUAUCACUUUUACCCUUCCCCUCAGUAAUUAAGAUGAGGCUAAUGCCUGUUUUGUUGUCACUUUGUACAUAGUUCCAUAAAAGUGUAAAUCAAUGAACAUAGCUAGGAGGAAUACAAAAAAGAAUGCUUAGCUCCUCAACCUGUGCACUAAUGCCAGUAAGUUUGAAACUGUUCAAGAAAUGCAAGCAGCAGACGUAGCAACCGGAUUCCACUGGAGAGAAAACGCAUACACACUUGUGUUGCUGUCGGAGAAUUGUCUUAAAAUUGUAUUUUGUAAUCAUUCUCAGACUUAGUCAUUUGGGUUCUGUAUCCUGAGAAAUGUGCCGUCAACGUUGACACCAAAAUUAUAUCGAGAUAGAAAGUACGUAUAAAAAUCUCAAAUUAUGUUUUUGGAACGUAGAGGCUGAGGCUCACUCGUAUAUUCUUCAAAAUAGACAGGAAUGUAAACAUUCCCACUUUACUGUAACUUAAAUUAGUUAUAAACCGCCAUUGGGUUGCAUGUUGUUAUCUAAAACUGUAUGAAUUUGAUUUCCUCUGUGAGUGUUUUACCUCUUUUGUAUAUGACAGUGAGAUUAAAUGUUUUGGCAUUACGUUCGUUAUUGGGUUCACCGCUAAAUACAUCUAUGUACUAAUAGAUCAACUAUUCAUUCUUGUGCUCUGAUGUGGUGGUCCCCAAACACCCGGGCCGUGGGUCGCUAUGGCAGGUCGCACAGAUAAGAGAAAAAAAGAAAACGGACUGGACUUCUAAUUUACCUAUUAUGAGGGCUGACAAAUAUUUAUCACCCCAAAAAAAGACGUUACGUGGCGCAUUGUUUCCAGAAGUAAAUAUGGUCCACGUGUCAGGGCUCAUUUUAUCAUCUCAGAUCGCCUGAGUAGCAAGGCGGGAGAAGGUAGAAAUAUUUUGUCGAUAGGAGGCAACGCUCCUCGAGCUCCUCGUUUCAUGGUAACAUCCAUUUUAAGAUGUCACAUCAUUGCCACUGUUAAUGAUUGAAACGUCUGCAUGGCUGAAUUAUUACUGUCACCACAAAUGUCCACUUUAUGCUUCAUGUUUCACGUGGGAUUAAAUUGAAGUCAAUUGUAUAGACAGCAACUGUUUCUCAAAACAAUUUUGGGGACUCACUUACGAUAUCUGCCCGAGCGGAGUGCAUAUUGGAUACUGGGCUUCUGAUGAGGUAUAUAAAGAGGAUCCGUGUGGAUGAGCGUUCAUACUGCUGACACAUUGCAUCCAUGUCUGAUUUAUAUCCACACGCGAAAGAGACCCAGGUCGUAUUUGAGAAAAUCGGAAUGGUACUGAUGAGUUGGGGGGACACCAGAUGUAUUUGGAAAACUUUCUUUGCACUGGGGGAAAGAUCCAGUGAGGAUUCAUCAUGAAAGCCUUUGCCCAUGAAGAAAAAAAAAAUCCUUGAAAUAUGGAUUUGUCACGACAGGUGAUUCCCACACACCGAGCCCCCUCUGCACAAAUUUACGGCAGGCGACUCUCCAAUUGGUCAAUGACGCCUUCAAAAUCGAUUGGUCAGCAAAUGGACCUGUAAGUGCCUUUAGAUUCUCAUACUUGGUGGCAAAACGCAUUGCAAAGCAAAGCAAAAAAAAAAAAAAAAAA